AUCACAGUCUCACUUCUUGUUUCUUCCGGGGACAUUAAACAUUGAAAAUAAUCACAUAUACACCUGAAACCUUCACCUCUAACACCACGUGGAUUCAUGAGAAGGAGAUUUAUUCAGAAGAAGCUGCGGGACUGACAGGAGGUCUGUGAUUUGUCAUGAAACCCUGCGUCGCUUUGGAUCACUGGUCUCUCUCUCUCUGUGUGUGUGUGUGUGUGUGUGUGUGGAUAAAACCAGGACCCACUUAUUCUGAUUAACGUCAGGUCGGCCCGGUCAUGCUGAUGGACCAAGACACUCAGUGGCUGUACAACCUCCUGGCUGAGGUCCAGUUGGAGAAGUUCUACCUGCGCGUCAGAGACGGCCUCAACAUCACCUGCAUCGAGCACUUCUCCUACGUCAAGGAGUCUGAUCUGGAGCAGAUAGGAAUCAGCAAACCCGCACAACGAAGAUUAUGGGAGGCUCUGAAACGCUACAAGGCAAAUUCCAGAUCACGGCCCUGGAUGCCCAAGGUGUUUAGCGGGCGAGUUCUGGAUGGAGGAGAGCAGGCUCAGGGCCAGGAGGGCGGCGGCCGCGCUCUUCCAUGUCUGAUACAGGACAGCGAGCUGAUCCUGGGCGAGAAGCUGGGCUCUGGGUCCUUCGGGGUGGUGAAGAGGGGAGAGUGGCACACACCCACCGGGAGAAUACUCCCUGUCGCAGUGAAAUCCCUGAGGAGCAGUUUGUCGCGGCAGGCGGACACGCUGACCGACUUCCUCCAGGAAGUCACCAUCAUGCAGUCGCUGGACCACCCCAACAUCAUGCGACUGUACGGCGUGGUGCUCACACAGCCGCUCAAGAUGGUAACAGAGCUCGCUCCUGUGGGUUCACUGUAUGACACCCUGCGCUCACGUCAGUAUGAGUACCCGCUAGUCCGCCUCUGGCUCUUUGCUGCCCAGAUCGUGGCGGGGAUGGAUUACCUGGAGACCAGGAGGUUCAUCCACAGGGACCUGGCUGCCAGAAACGUGCUGCUGGCGUCCAGGGAUAUUGUGAAGAUCGGAGACUUUGGCCUGAUGAGAGGUCUGAGCCAAGAGAGCGAUCACUACAUCAUGUCGGCACACAAGCGCAUCCCGUUCGCAUGGUGUGCUCCAGAGAGUCUUCGUGUCGGCUCCUUCUCCCACGCCUCAGACGUGUGGAUGUUUGGCGUCACACUGUGGGAGAUGUUCACGUACUGCGAGGAACCGUGGUUCGGGCUGUCAGGGCGACAGAUUUUGUGGCGCGUGGAGCGGGAGGGCGAGCGUCUGGAGAAACCGCCGGACUGUCCUCAGGAGCUGUACACCGUCAUGAGGAAGUGCUGGGCCCUCAACGCCGCUGACAGACCCAGCUUCGCACAGCUCACCACCAUGGUGACAGAGGCGAAACCAAUGGAGGUGCAAGUAACGCGAGACUUCUCUGAACCCAGAAAACUCACCCUGGUGGUCAACGACCUUGUGACGGUCAUAGAUCAUGGUCUGGAGCUGAGCGAGUGGAGAGGCCAGAAUCAGAGGACGCUCACAGUCGGCUGGUUUCCUGCGAGCCUCACAGCACCGUUGCUCCCUCCUGGUCUCGCUGCUGCCGCUCCCGCGGCAUCAUCCAGCCAUCCUGUUCCCGCUUCCGUUUCCAUCCACAUCUCGGCGCCUCUGAAGGGAAGUCUGCAACACACCGGGCACGGAGACAUCAAACCUGAACGCUGCUGGAGAGCACAGGAGAGCCUGGACGACGGCAGCGGCAGCUGGAGGCCGAACCCUGUCAGAGAGAAGGACGGAUCCAAUCUGCAGAAAAUGGCAGGGAUGUCUCAGAGCCUGGAGUCGGUCCUGAGUGGACACCGGCCUCGGGCUCACACAGUCGGGGUGAUCAGAGUGGACCAGCAGGGCAGACUCAUGCCCCCUAUGGCAGCUCACAGCUUGUUGAUGCAGCAGGACACCCGUCGCUUCAGCGAGGCCAGUAUCCCUCCACCGCCACGACCGCCACCCCCCAACCUAAAACGCCUGAACAAGUCUCAGAGGAGGCCCAUGGUCAACCCACCCCCAGGCGCCUCCUGGCCCUCACAGUUGAUCCUGGCCCCUCCACCACAGCCACCACCUCAGCCUCAGCCCCAGCACCAGCCUCAGCCUGGAGUGGGAGGCUCCAACCUGGCUAAGAUGGCCAACAUGGCACGCUCGACCCCACAGCUGGAUGAAGCGGAUAACAGGGAGAGAGAGCGAGAACGAAUCAGAGACCGUGAGAAGUCUCCACAUGGGCAGAACACGAGGGAUAGUCUCAUCGCACAGGUCAUGGAGUCCGUACACGGAGUGACCACUGAGGAGGUUCAUACUGCACUGCAGCGCUGUGACGGCAACCCGGUGCGAGCCGAGCAACAACUCAAGUUCGAGCAGCUGUACUCGCUGAGCCUCUGCUCCAAAGAGGACUGUCUGAGGAUCCUCUCCAGAUACCAGUGGAACCUGCAGCUGGCCAGCCGCUUCCUGAUCCGAUCGACCCGGGACGACAGGGCCGGCCCAGUAGAAAGGGAGCGACCUCAAGUCAGCGCAGAGCGUCGAGUCUGAAGCUGAUUUGACUUUUGUUUAAAAGUGGAUGUUUGACUUUUCCAGCGACUUCCUGCUUUACAGCGACAAACACAGACACAGCCUCAGAAACUGUGUGGACAUUUACUCCAGUGGAGAUUAAAACAGGGAAAUGAAGAUGGACACAUUUUUAAAAAGCUUAAUGCACAAUGACUCAAAUAUUUCUGUUUUUAUUUUGUAUUCGAUUUGUAUUUUCACUGAGACGUUAUCCUGCACAUUACGUUAGCUGCAAAUAGUUUUUGUACCUGAAUGAAUUUGUAAAUAUUGUGUUAGAAAUUAUUAUUCUGUUGAAUAAAAAUGAUGAUCUGGUCUGAUUUUACACUUUUAAGUCCACAGGAGAUGAGAAGUACUUCUGCAUAACAUCGUAACACACCUGGACC